AUGAAAAAAUCAAGCCCGGCCAAGCCACCACCAGCUGAAGUCACCGUGCCAGACGACGAGGUUACCGUGCAACAACUGAACGAGCUUUUGUCAAACAGCAGCGGAUUUUACAGUUUACCAACACAGCAUUUCAACGAGGUCUUCCCCAGAAUAUACGUUGGUAACGCGUUCGUGGGCCAGAAUCUGAUGCGUCUGCAGAAGCUGGGCGUGACCCACAUCCUGAAUGUGGCGGAAGGCAACUCCUUCAUGCACGUCAACACCAAUGCAGACUUUUACGCGGGCUCGGGCAUCACCUACCAUGGCAUCCAGGCCAAUGACAAGCCGCAGUUCAACCUCAGUAACUUUUUUGAGGAGGGGGCGGACUUUAUCGAGAAGGCUCUAGCACACAACAAUGGCAAAGGGAAGGUGUACGUCCACUGCCGAGAGGGCUACAGCCGCUCGCCCACCGUUGUCAUCGCUUACCUCAUGCUGCGCCACAAACUGGACGCCCGGAUGGCGGUCGCCACAGUGAGGCUCAAGAGAGAGAUCGGCCCCAAUGACGGCUUUCUGCGCCAGCUGUGCCAACUCAACGUGAAGCUGGCGAAAGAGGGCAAGUUGAAUGGGGUGAUGCCAGUCGUGGUGGCCAAGUUGAAGACCAAAUAA